AUGGAUUUGAUAAAAGAAUUUUACAAGAAAUGUUGUGAAUAUUACCCCGUUAUUAUUGGAGCAACUGCAUAUCUGUAUAAAGGAAAUUCGAAUACAUAUCGUCAAAAUAUAUUAACACGUAUUAUAGCGGGAUUAUCAAAUAUAGUUUGUUUAUUUGUAUUAUUCUAUUUUGGACAUGAGAGCUUGGCAAUAUUGGAAGCUGUACCACAUUUACAUCCGCUUAUAAAAACUGUAACCCAUCUUUGUAUGAUAGUGCGUAUUGUAGCGGUAUUUUACACAAUACUUCACAGGAAGUGGAGAGAAGAGAAGGAUGUUAAACUAAAGGUUCAAUUGAGGAAACUUAAAAGGAAAUAUUACGAAAAAUUUUAUUGCAGUAGAGAAAUCGAUAAACGUUUUAAACAAAUUUUGUAUAUAAAAUACUCCAUCUUAUUAUACGUGCACUUCAUUUCUUUUGGCAUUGCAUCGCGUUUAGCAUUAUUAACUUUGAAAUGGUGGCGCUGGAUAUUGGUCAUUUGUAAUGCCACAAUUAUGAAUAUGACGGUUGUAGUAAUGUUUGAUUUUUUCGUAAUGCUUUGGAAUAUUUGUCAUCUAUUGCAACAUCUUAAUUAUCAUUUAGGUACUAUUUAUCAGAAACUAGAAAAGCCCCAAGCAGAUGAUAAACUGUUGAACCAUGAAAUUCAAACAAUUUCAGAAACACAUGCAGAAUUGGGCGGCAUUUUGAAGGAAUUGCUAAAACUUUUUCAAUUUCAAAUCUUAACAAAUCGUUUAUAUUCCACUUUUAGUUUUAUUAUUGUUGCUUAUUUUGGUUAUGUGUUCAUCUUUUACUAUGAAAUUGAUAAAAUGUAUUUAAUAGUGGGUGGUAUUUCGUAUUUGAUUUUUUCUAUAGACUUUUAUACAACGGAUCUAAUGUGCGACAUGAUUAACGAGAGUUUUAAACAAUUAAUAAUGAUGCUACAAAUGUUUAAUGAAAGAAAAACAGCGAUGGACGGAGAGUGUGAACGAUUUGUGAUAUUAUUAACGAGUAAAAAAGAAAUAUUCUGCAGUGGAAUGGACCGAUCGGCUUGGUUUGGAGUAAUGUCACAAUUAGUAUCAAGCGCCUUAGUUUUAAUACAAACUAUUUGA